UUCCUGGUUUGAGAGUCUGUAAUUCAGGCUGGCUGCUGCAGAACACAUGAGAGAGUCCACAGACACACACAUACACUCUUAUACACCCUCACACUCUCACACUCACAGACUUUUCACCACACACUGAUGAGGACAGGCAGUUUAGAUAAAGAGAGAAUACGAGCACGUGUAUAGAAACAUAGCAGGACUGUUAGUUGGAUUUAACAGUUUUGAGACAAACCACAGAGACUAAGUUCCUCUGCUCGUAGUAUAGUGUAGUUUUCAGGCUUUUGAUCGUUUUAGGAUAGGCGCAGGUGGAAGCCGAGACAGCAGCUGACCGGUCGGUGUCCCGCAGACCUACGCUGGGCAGAAAGAAAAGCGAGAUUAUCAGAUAAAGACAAGAGAUCAGAUACAAGAACAGUGAGAACAGAGACACCAGUGAGAAGUGUAAGAGGAACCGUGCGCCCCUCUUUGUGCCCAGCUUGAACCAUCAUCAUGCUCUUGCUGGACGAGUCCGACUCUCUAACAGAUCAGGGCCAGAGCGCUGCCUUUAGCUCUGAGAAUGAGGCACAGGGCGGUGACUCUUCGGGAUGGCCCUGCGCUCUCCCCUCUACCUCCCCCUCCGGCGAGACCCCUGGCCAGCCCUCCGCUCACCUCCCGUCCCGCCCGGACGCCCACAGCCGCGCCCUCGCCCUCAGCGCUACCAAGAAGAGGAGCUCCAAACCUGCUCACAUGAGGAGGAACAUCAGGAAACUGUUGAAGGAGCACCAGUUGGAUGCAGUGACUAAAGCAGCUCAGCUGGAGGAGAUCGAGAGAAGGAAGCGCCUGGAGCAUCAGAGGAAAGACUUCACUGUAGAAGCUCUGCCUGACUACACGCACACAGCAGCUAACGUGUGUGUGAGUGCAGCUCAGCGUGAGAUUAAGCUCAGGGCAGUGUGUGUGGAGACGAGCACCAGCAGUACCACAGACAGCACUAAAGGAACCCUGCAGACAGCUGCUCCCAAGCAAGACCAAAGCUCAGGUGAGAACACCGCCUCGUACAUCGUGCCCGAAUCAUCAUCGACCAAUGAGGACGCAGAGUCGACGGCCACUGGGGAGAGCAGCGGAGCACAUGUUAACGACGCACUCAACCAACCAGACGCUCAGGGGCGUGUCCUCAUCAACGUCAAUCACCCAGCGGAUGAAAGCGACCUCUACCUCUCCCCUCAGCUCGCCCGCGCCGUCAAACCCCACCAGAUUGGUGGUAUUCGGUUUCUGUAUGAUAAUCUGGUGGAGUCUAUGGAGCGGUUUAAGAGCAGCUCUGGUCUGGGCUGUAUCCUGGCUCACAGCAUGGGCCUGGGUAAAACUCUACAGGUCAUCUCCUUCAUCGACAUCCUCCUGCGCCACACCGGAGCGCACAGCGUGCUCGCCAUCGUCCCUGUGAAUACGCUGCAGAACUGGUUGGCUGAGUUUAACCUGUGGCUCCCGCCCCCUGAAGCCCUGCCCCCCAAAACUGACCCUGCCUACAUUUUGCCUCGCACUUUUAAGGUGCACAUCCUCAAUGACGAGCACAAGACCACAUCCACCCGCGCGAAGGUGGUGGAAGAUUGGUACAGAGAUGGCGGUGUGCUGCUAAUGGGUUAUGAAAUGUACCGCCUGCUCUCACUGAAGAAAAGCUUUGUUGCUGGGAGAAAGAAGAAGAAUAAGAAGCCGAGUGGACCUGCCAUUAUUGACCUGGAUGAGGAGGACCGCCACCAGGAGCUGCUGAAAGGCAUCGAGCAAGCUCUCUCUCAGCCUGGUCCAGACGUGGUCAUCUGUGACGAAGGCCACCGCAUUAAAAACUGCCACGCCAGCACCUCACAGGCUCUGAAGGGCAUCCACACAAGACGCAGGGUGGUGCUGACCGGCUACCCGCUGCAGAACAACUUGCUGGAGUACUGGUGCAUGGUGGACUUCGUGCGACCCGACUUCCUGGGCACGCGGCAGGAGUUCAGCAACAUGUUCGAGAGGCCCAUCCUUAACGGCCUGUGUGUGGACAGCACUGCACAAGACGUCCAGCUCAUGCGCUACCGCAGCCACGUGCUGCACAGCCUGCUGGAAGGGUUCGUCCAGAGGCGUGGACACGACGUGCUGCGCUCCCAGCUGCCAGAGAAGCAGGAGCACAUUAUCCUGGUGCGUCUGUCAGCUCUGCAGAGGGCGCUAUACACAGAGUUCAUGAACCGCUUCAGAGAGGCUGGCAAUACUGGCUGGCUUAGUCUGAACCCCCUCAAAGCUUUCUGCGUCUGCUGCAAGAUCUGGAACCAUCCUGAUGUCCUGUAUGAAGCUCUUCAGAAGGAGAAUCUGGCCAGUGAGCAAGACCUGGAUCUGGAUGACAUCACCACAAGCAGUGCCCAAUGCUCGGUGACCAAUCAGAAGGGCAAGCCUGCAGAUUCAGCCAAUAGCGAAGGAGGGCUGAGUUUAACUCAGCUUCAGGAGAAAGCCAAUCAGGUUAUCACAUAUGAAUGGGCGAAAGAGAUUAUGGCAGGCUAUAAGACCGGCAUCCUGGAGAAUUCAGCUAAAAUGGUCCUGCUGUUUCACAUUAUUGAUGAAAGCGUCAGGAAAGGAGACAAAAUCUUAGUUUUCAGCCAGAGUCUGUCCACUCUUACAGUCAUCGAAGAGUUCCUCGCCAAAAGGCCAGUUCCCGACCAGAGUGAAAACGGACUCAAGCAGCCCUGGGUCCGCAAUGUCAACUACUACAGACUGGAUGGCAGUACUUCAGUGUCAGAGCGAGAGAGGCUUAUCAACCAGUUUAAUGACCCAACAAACACCUCGGCUUGGGUUUUUCUGCUGUCUACCAGAGCCGGCUGCCUAGGUGUGAACCUGAUUGGUGCAAAUCGCGUGGUUGUGUUCGACGCCUCGUGGAACCCAUGCCACGACGCCCAGGCUGUUUGCCGCGUGUAUCGCUACGGGCAGCACAAGCCGUGCCACAUCUACAGGCUAGUGUGCGACUUCACCCUGGAGAAGAAAAUCUACGACCGGCAGAUCUCCAAACAGGGGAUGUCUGAUCGAGUGAUAGAUGACUUGAAUCCCGUUCUGACCUUCACUCGUCGGGAGGUGGAGUCUCUGCUGCACUUCGUGGAGGAGGAGCCUGACCCCACAGAGUCUUCUCGCUUGCUCCGCCCACAGGAAGACAUGGAGGCAGUCAUAAGGAAGGCCUGUCUGAGAUAUCCCCAUCUCAUUACCAGGCAACCCUUCUUCCACGAGUCCUUACUGAUGGACCGGCGUGACCUCAAACUGUCCAGCGAGGAAAAGCAGGCAGCCAAGAAAAGCUACGAGGAGGAGAAGCGGGCGUCUGUGCCCUACACGCGUCCGUCAUACGCGCAUUACUACCCAGCCAGCGACCAAAGCCUUACCAACAUCCCUGCCUUCAGCCAGAGGAACUGGCGUCCUCCUCCACGGCCAGAGGAUAAGCCAAUGACCAGCGUUCAUCCAGCGAAAGCAACACCAGCUCCCAAAAUCCCACGGCAGACAGAGCAGAUCCCCACCCCCUCUUCGACGACGUCCGGCUCCAAACCCACCGUCAACUUCCCCGUCACCUACCUGCAGAAAGCUGGAGUGUUUGUACAGAAGAUUGUCACCACCACAGAUAUUGUGAUUCCUGGUACUAACAGUUCCUCAGACAUGCAGACCACGAUCAGUGCAGGAGAGAGCAUUCACGUCAUCAGAGGAACUAAAGGAACCUAUAUUCGGACAAGUGAUGGAAGGAUCUUUGCUAUCCGUGCAGCUGGAAAAGUCAAGCAAGCAGAGGAUAGUACAACCACAAAGAGAGAAGUCUCAGCUCCACUGGAGACAUCCAUGGAUACUGGCACCAAUGGCAGCGUGUCGCCUGACCACAAAGUGCCAACAGUUAUCACACCAGAGGCCGUGGCCAGACCCCUCUCCCCAGAUGGCCCAGAGAUUGUGAGCGAGCUUCAGCGAUACACCAAAGCCCAGUCCCCAAGCCCACCGCCCUCAGGAAAGGCCAUUCCAGAAAAAGCCUCAGAGAUGGGCGUUAUCAAAAUUCUGCCUCAAAAAGUCAUUACCUCACCUUGCACUGAAGCACCUCUGGACCUGCGGGGCACCAAGCGCAAAUCUGCAUCACCUCUAAGCAACGAGCACUCCUCUAAGCAACUGGCUGCGGAGAACCGAGGUUCUGCUCCACCUCCUGCUCACAGUUACCCGUUCCCGGGUGGCUAUGGCUUAAAUCCUGGUCUCAACCCAACUUUAAACCCCACCCUCCUGAGCAUGUGGUCAUCCUACUUCCAAUCUCAUGCCCCGUUCGGCGAGCCCCGCCUCAUGUUUCCCGUCUCUGCUGAUGCUUAUAGUUCAGGGGGUGGACCUUUGCCCAGAUCCUCCCCUCCCCUAUCCUCCUCUAGCAGCAGCAGCAGCACCAUUACCUCUAGUGCCACAGCUACUGCCUCCUCCUCUUCCUCCUCCUCUUCUUCUUCUUCCUCUUUCACUGUUCCUCCUGCGUUCCUGAUGAGGCCUGGGGUACCUUCAGUGCUGCCUCCCGGGUUCUCUCUGCCCUACAGACAGCCCAUGGGUAUGUAUCCCCAACUGUUGCUGUCUGGAGGGCUGUCGGCAGCAACGCCAGGGCCUGCCGGCUCCAGUUUCCUGCCUCCCUACACUUCCACCAGCCCUCGAGGCAGCGCUCAUGAGUUUCACCUGGCUGCAGAGAACGGCGCUGAGGGCGAUGAGCAUGCUUGCAAUAACGACGAUGAUGUUAUUGAGGUGAUGGGCCAAUGAGAGGGAAGUGGUUUCGGAGGUCCAUGUAAAAAGCAUGAGGAGAAAGGAGCCGUUUAAGAGUUUGACCUUAAGAACCAAGACUGGAACUAAGACUGUGAUUGGACAAGCUGAGCCAGGCAUGAUAUUACUGGUUGCAACUGGUUACAAGUUAGUAAAACAAUGUAGUUUGAAAAGGAUUGUGAUUGAGAAACUGGACAAAGUGAAAAAUCCUUAUGCUGAAUAUUUUCUUGAAAAACAGAAGUGAAAAGUGCGUAACCUAGUGGGACAUUGUGGGUUUGUUUGAUUCAAUCGUGGGAGCCAGGGGAUUUCUUCUAAAAACAGUUAGAAAACCUUUUUUUUUUAUAGCAAGAACUAGUAGAAUUUAUUAACCUGGUUAGUGAAGUUAGCAAGUUUAAACAGAUACAAUAUCACAUAUUGUGUGAUAGAUAUUUAUCAGUGUUUUUGAUUAGUCGUAAUGGGUCAUAAUCAUGAAAAACAAGGUUUUAAAAAUUCCACAGUUACGUUUCUUAUCCAGUAAAAUAGAAAAACUGAGCCUGGAGCGGUUGAGAAUUUGGAACGUGGCGAGAAGAUUGUAUAUCCACAACUGACGGACAUUAAAAAGACAAAAAAAAGAGAGAGAGAGAGAGAAAAUGUUAACAGAAGACCUUAAAAACAUAAGAAUGUAUCUUUACUUCCCGCCUUUACCACAGUGUUGCAAGCACAGGCCUUAGACACAGACAUUAGACUGAAGACUUUAUUCAUUUACGUGUGUGAAUACGCUUGCCACUCCUUUUUGAAUCUCUGUAAUGUUGAAUGGUGUUUUAACUGUUUCUUCUGUGAACACUGGUCACAUGCAGGUGAACCCUCUUACAGCCUACUACGAUACAGGAUAAAGGGAACUAGUCCCGAUCAAAGAAAUGUGUGAAAUGUGUGAAAGUUUUUUUUCUUUUUUUUAAAUUACUUGGGAAUAGAGUGGCGACUGAUACAAAGAACGUACACUAAACACUGAUGCCUUGUGCUGCUGUCUCACUGAAUGUAUUGGUGAGGGUUGCAGGGUUCAGGAGCACUGCUCCUAAUGCCUACAUCUCACUCCAAGUCUUACUCAAGCUGAGCUAAGAUGUGCAGACUUUGCCUAGUCUCUUUAUGUGGGUCACUGUCUCCUGUAAUACUCCUGUAAUUUUUCACCCCAACCUUUCCCGCUUCUGACACUUCAGUGGCUGAAACGUCACAACGCUUCUUCCAUAAUGUAUGAAAAUGAAUUGAGUCAAACCAAAAUCAAAUGAUAAAAUGACGUCAAAUGUGUGCCAAAACAAUCAAGUUUCCCAAAUAGAGUAUGCUCUUAAAGAUGAACACUAUAAUUGGAAUGGACUUCCAAGCACUUCCAGGUGGAGCAACAGUCUAAGUGCUAUGUUCAAAAGCAUAAGUGGCCUUGACGUAACAGAAUAGGCCAUUAGUGUUCUCCUCCAAGUGUGUUGAGCUGUCCAGUUCUUUAAGCAUAUGCGUAACUGGCUUGGCAUGACCCUGAGGUAGCAAUCUAGCUUUUACCCUCUUAAUUUAUGUGUAUUUUAGGGGCUAAAUACCUAAGUACCCUCAAAAAUGCUACUUCACAAUUGCAAAAACUGAAAUCACAAGAAAAUAACCAUUUAAACACAUUUAUCUUUAAGAGUGUAUAAUUUCCAUUAAACCAAAUCCACCAAAUUUCAUUCCAGUAUCCAGCAACCAAGGAUAUAAUCAGACAACUCGCUUCUUGUCUGGUUGUAAAUUUGGGAGAAUUCCACAAGUCAUCUGAUUUUUGACACCAAAUAUGAGCACUGCUUGUGCACAAACGGUACUAUACAGUAAACUGUAUACUGCUGACACCAUCUCGCCUCAUUUCUGUAUCCAUACGUGGCAUUGAUCUGCUUUAUUUACAGACAAUGUACCGCUCAGGCCCACCCGUACCCCACACUGCUCUGCUACUCUCCCUGCUUUUCUUUUUUAGCGGGGCGAAACGCUGACGUCCCCUGCGCUCGAAGCAGAUUGGACAACUGUUCCAGAAACAUCUGAAUCGUACAUUAUCGCGUCUCUCUUAUCUCUCUUUUUUUCCAAUAUGUAAUCAUUCUUUGCGUACGGAAUAAACGUACCUGUUUUUAUUCUUUUUCUUUGCCAUUUGUCAGUUUACCAAAUUAAUUUAUUUAUAACAAUGUGUAUUUAUUUGUUUGUAUUUUUUAUUUUUGUACAUUUUUGUUUUUAUGAGGGGCUCACGUUCUCGCAGAAAGAUGCCUCAGCUGUAAACGAUUGAAGGGAUGUGUGUGUGUGUGUGUGUGUGUGCGUGUGUGUGUGUGUGUGUGUGUGUGUGUGUGUGUGUGUGUGUGUUUGUGUGGGUGUGCGUGUGUGCGUGUAUGUGUGUGUGUAUGACUGCCACCUGGCUAAAGCAUGUGAAAGCUUAUGGACCAAUGAACAAGGGUCAGUUGUGGUCAGUGCGGUUACUUGUAUUUCCAGAGUAAAGCAGUGACCUAGGCCGACAGCUCUACCAUGUUCCCAGAGCGUCACGGCUGAGAUGUGAACGAUGCCCCAGCGUUCCAUGUCCUUUGCUUACUACUCUUUACUUGAAUCGAGGUAUUUAUUGAUGUUGUUCGAGAAAAGGCUGGGUGUGAGGAGCAGAUCUGUGUUCUGUUCAUUAAGGUGAAAUGGUCAGAUGUACAGAUCAAUCUGAAAGCACUCAAAUCAAACUGACCUGAUUUUUCUCUGAUUUUUCUUUUUUUGAACUUUUUUUUUUUUAAGUUUGUAAAUAAAACUGAAUCAUGGUAAAUACA